AUGGACACUACAACAAGGUCGAGUCUAUCCACGAGGAACGGUCGAACAAGUCACCAAGGUGGACCUACAAAUCCCGCUUUCAAAAGAGCCGCCAAUGCGUUCUCCCUGACUCUCGCGGCUCUUGGACCUGAUCCAUGGGGAACCACACAGAAGAAGUCGACAGUUCGUUCUUCCGAUCAGUCUGGAGUCAACCAUGAGGAAGAAGCUCGUGAUUAUGAUAAUUCCACAACGCUGAGAAGGAGAAGUGGGGAGUAUCAAGAUGUUUCCAACUACAAAGUCAAGACGGAUGUAGAGGACCAACCACGGACUGCUAAAGAUUGGUCGAGUGUUCAAGGAGAUACUCAUGAUGAUCCAUAUGAACACCACCACCCUGUCAGACCCCCAAGUCUGGACAACACUCAUUACAACGGGGAUGGUCAAGGUAGUGUUUACUUCGAAGGAGACCAGAGUACAUACUUUGAUUACGGCGGAGAGGAUUUCGAGGCAGUCGAGGAGGAAGAGCAAGCCGAGGAGUUUGAGGAUAUAAUUCCUGAACCUGAAGAGGAUUUUGAAGAGGUAGACUUCAUGGCGAACUCUUCGAUCCCUAAAUCUCAGGCUGCUAUAGGAGGGAAACAGACCAGAGAUGAAGAUUGGGAAUUAUGGGAUACUUAUACCGUCAAGGGAGAGCCAAGAUACAAUGUGCGUAGCGGUUGA